AUGAUGGCGUCGUCAUCUGUCGCGGGACCGCCGCACAAGAAGAGGCGGUACGCGGAUCAAGCUUCUGGGCCAAGUUCGACGCACGACGAUGGCUUCGGCACUCAAUCCCUUCCGGUAGCCGUACUCCCCGACGACUUCUCAGGAGACCCUCUGGACGGCGAGCAGUACCUCGCAGUCGUUCGUCGCGAAGCAGCGGCUGCCCCUGGCAUCUUUUUCGCCGCUCACAAUCCUUACGCCGACACCAAUGCCGUAGCAUCGACCUCAGCGAUACCACUCGAUUCGCUGCCCGACUCUGUCUCAACCGCAUCAGCGUCGACUCAGCUCGACGACGGCCUUCUCAUGCCUUCCUCCGAAUGGAAGUCGACCUUCACGCAACAGUUCCGCAACGCACGCGAAGCGCUCAGCAAUACGCCCACCGAGCCCGUCAAGCUGACCAAGGACGACCUACCCAAGAUCAACAACACCAACGCGUGGUAUGCGUGGAUUCACGGUCGACCACCACCGCCCACCUCGCCCGAGGAAGUGGAGAAGCAAUCUGGCAAAGCUCACGAAUGGCGGAUUCGCGAGCCAUCGGCCGCGCUGUUACUGCGGCUGAACACCGAACAGAUACUGGGACUGCUCGAGACGUUUCCGUACUGGAUCGCACAUCGCGUGUCGAUACCAGACGGUCAAGCGCGGAUGGAGGAGAGGAGGGAAGGAGAGGUGCUGCAGCCGCUGCAUGCGAGGUGGCUGUUUGCAUUGCUGUUGAGGCUGGAUGGGAGGUUGGUGAGUGAGGAGAUUAGUACGCUGAGGACGCUGGCGAGGGCGUGUGUCGCUGCGAUCACGUUGAGUCGGAUCAGGAGGAAGGCUGUCCGGUCGCGCGUGGGUAAGGCGGAGGCAGCGGAGGUCAACGGAACCGCGGAAGCCGGGGAGAAAAGCACCGAGAUGAGGGAAGAGGAGAGCAUGAGAAGGGACGAGGCAGGUGCAUGGAUGGUGGUCGCCAUCAUCGCGGGCGUGUGGGGCCAGUCCGACCUAUGGGACGAUGCGAUCGUCGACAUGAAGCGGGUCAGUUCUUGA